AUGUCGACCUUCUCGCGUCUGCCCAGCCACUGGGACGACGACCAGUCUGUCCAUAGCGACCCCCCAUCCACGGGCUCGUCCAACGAUCCUCCAGAGCAUAUAGCUCAUUUUCGCUCGCGGUCCACGGCCCACGCCCAAAGUCCCAAACGCCUGUCGGUCUUCAGCGGCCGCUCCAGAAGUAACACGACCACCUCGACCUCGUCGCGUCCCUCCCCGGGCUCGUCCAUGACGUCCACUGACAGCUCCGUUCCGUCCCAGGAUGAGCGGGCCUUCUCCGCGCUGGGGAUGCGGCCUGAUAAGCCGGAGCGAUUGUCAAGGUCGUUUCUCGCACGGGGGAGUCGCAUUCUGCGCCGCCAGGGAAGCAAGAUCAAUAUCGUCGCCACGCUGGACGAGGAGGACGAGAUGGAGAAGCAGCCCCGGCCUGCGAAGCAGGAUAUAUUGGGCCGGCACCGGAACCGGCAUGUUGACCACCAUGAACGGUUAAAAAGCAUUAUCUCGGACCCGUUCGACUUCCACCACCUCACUCACACCAGCCCCUCGCAAUUCCAAUCCUUGGACCAGACGCGCGAGAAUGAUCUGGUCACGGAGUUCUCGGUCAUCCGGGCUUCGCAGCGGCCAGAGGCCAGCCUCAAGGGGAUCCGUGCCGAGGAUAUCCACUUCCGCAACUUCUCCAACGAUGAUUUGGCUUCGUUAGGGACGGCGACAACUGUCAAUGAGCCUGUGCCCCGGAGCCCACCUGGCUCGCCGGCGGCAUCAGGAUCGGUGAUGCCGUCUGGCAACCAUGCGCGCCGAGAAUCUCGUAUCUACGAGAACUUUUCCCGGCCUGUCUCGAGAUAUCCCAGGUCAUGUCCCACGACACCACCUUCCCCGGUAGUACCAGAGGUCCCCGCGGAAGGCGUCGAGCCGGCGCCACGAGCCAUUGACGAGAUCUUGGGAUUGGACUCCGCUCUCACGUAUCCUGAGUAUAUCGACUCGGAACGAUCCUCAUCCUCGCAUCUCCAAUUCGGCCCGGAUCUGGCCGAUGACCCCACGGCCCGCACAUCCUCGAUGAGCAGCCAUUACGAUCUGGAAGACGUCCCGGAAGAGGACGAGGCCACCCGAUUAUGGGAUAGUCCCGAACCCAGCAUUGACGGCGCGCGCUCCCGCUCCACCUCGCAGAUGAGCCCCGGCACGGUCGAGGCUCGUCCAGCAUCUCGCAUGAUCGCGCCCAAGGCUCCGCUAUCCAUCUUCGUCGCCGAAGAGUUGUCGAGGAAGUUCUCCGAGGCCCUGGGCUCCCCCACACUCCCCCAGAAUCUCCCCAACGCCUUGCCCCAGGAAGCCGCCGAUAUCACGCACCGGGAGACCACGCCUCCGUCCGUCUCUCGCGUCCGCCAGUUCUCCUACGAUGACGAGCUGUAUGACUCCUGGGAUGCCGACAUCGACUACUGCUACGAGCACGCCGCUGAGUCCACCUCCAACUUCGACUGGUCGCGCACAUCUCUCGAGGAAGCGGGCCCUCAGACCGGCGUCGCCUGCACAGACGAGUCGUGGGGCUUGUCUGUGGUUCCAUCCAAGCCCGCUCGCCACCUCCAACCCAGCCCGUUGAGCACUUCGACCCUGGCAACGCCAGACCUCGACCCCAGCUCCGCGCGCUCAGCCCUCCCCCACUCCGCCGCAACACCCUCAACCGAGUACGAGCGCGCGUUCAUCGCCCGCGGCGCACAGGACUACUUCCACCCCGUCUCCUCCUCCAUUCUAUCCAAGCAUCUGACGCAGGACUCGCUGUACGAGGACUACCUCUCCGGUGACGCUGAUGCCGAUGCCGACGCCUCCUCAGACCGCCACUUCCCAUUCGCGCCAGCCUAUCACAACCCCUCCCCGCGCUCCAGCUUCUCCCCCAUCAGCAAGUGCAAUUCCCAAGAGAGCCUGAUGCUCUCCCGCGCCGCCAGCAUCGUCCGCAAGCACCGCUCUUCCGUCUCAACCACCUCCGUCCCCGAGCUGGUCCACAGCCUUUCCAGCUCCCGCGAGCUGAUGCCAACGGACCGGCUCAGCGCCGCCGAGAUCCUGGCCCGGCCCACCUCAAGCUCCCUGCAUCGUCAGACGAAGAGUCUGGCCGAGGCCCACCAGCUUAUGCACACUGGCAGCAGUGCUAGUCUUGCGAGCGCGGAGACGGCGCCCCCCGGCCCGGUGCAUGAUCGUGCUAAUUCGACGUCGGAGGUUGAAGGUGGUGCAUGCGCGAGCGCGAACGUGAGCGCAGCGCUGCCGGCCGUGCCGACGAGGAAUCCGAAUCGCAAGAAGACUCGGACGACGUCGUAUUCGCUUUUCCCGACUGCAGCGCAGUAG